CUGUAUUUAUGUUAAGAGCAGAACGACGUGCGAUGAGAAGUCAGAUAUCUGUGUGCAGGGGUUCAGCAGCUGAUGGUGUAGUUGUGUGUACUGUAUAGAAGAGACAGAGAGAGAGAGAGAGAGAGAGAGAGAGAGAGAGAGAGAGAGAGAGAGAGAGAGAGAGAGAGAGAGAGACAGACAGAGAGAGAGACAAAGUCGCGACUUCAGAUCAAACUUUUUACACAAACUUUGUCAGUUGUUGGUUCAGUCCCUGACGAUGCACAUCGCGGCUGAGUUUUGCGUGGUUUGCAUGAAGGUACUGUGGUCGUUCGCGGCGGCGGCCGUACGGUGGCUCGUGAAGCCGCGAGAGAAGCGCGUGCACGGCCGUGUGUGCGUGAUCACCGGGGCCGGAAGUGGACUGGGCCGCCUGUUCGCGCUGCACUUCGCCCGCAGAGGAGCCACGCUCGCGCUGUGGGACAUCAACCGCGCCGCCAACGAGGAGACCGCAGAGCUCGUGCGGGAAAUCUACCAAAAAUACACAGACACCCGCAGCACCGUUUCAGAGGACAGCAAUGAGAAGUUCCGGCCCGUGUUUCAGCCCCGAGUUCACACGUACGUGUGUGAUGUAAGUAAACGCGAGUGUGUGUAUGCCACGGCCAAGCAGGUGAGGAUCGAGUUGGGAGAUGUCACGUUCCUCGUCAACAACGCCGGGGUGGUGUCAGGACAUCACCUCCUGGAGUGUCCUGAUGAACUGAUCGAGAGGACCAUGAUGGUCAACUGCCAUGCUCACUUCUGGACCACAAAAGCUUUUCUCCCUAAGAUGCUGGAGUUAAACGAGGGACACAUUGUGACCGUCGCCAGCUCUCUGGGUCUCUUUACCACAGCCGGGGUCGAGGAUUACUGUGCUAGCAAAUUCGGGGCCAUCGGUUUCCAUGAGUCCUUGAGCCACGAGUUAAAGGCGGCUAACAAAGAUGGGAUCAAGAUGACACUUGUGUGUCCCUUCCUAGUUGAUACAGGGAUGUUUAAAGGCUGUCAGAUCAGGAAGGAGAUUGCACCAUUUUUCCCACCGCUGAACCCGGAGCACUGUGUGGAGAGAGCCAUGAGAGCCAUUCUGACGGAUCAGCCGAUGGUCUGCACGCCACGUGCCAUGUAUGCGGUCACCUUCAUGAAAACGAUUUUGCCAUUCGACGCCAUCGUGUGCAUGUACCGCUUCCUUGGCGCUGAUAAAUGCAUGUAUUCCUUCUUGGCUCAUCGGAAAGAAUCCACCAACAACAACGAGUCGAAAAUCAGCAUGUAGUCACUCCGGUGUCCUGUAUAUCUCUGCACUCUUUUUUGGAGCAAAAACACUUUUAUUUUAAUUGCCAGAUCUUUUAAUCUUCUACAGAUUUGAGAUGUGAUGCUCUAUUUUUAUGUCCUGAUAACUGUCUAGAUUUAAAAAAAAAAUUAAAAAAAUCUAAAGGCAAAAAAAUGCAUUAUUUAAUAUAAGAACCAGUCAGAUCUCAGUAUGCAAAAGAAACCCCGGUUUUGUGUUUUGAAAUCACUCUUUAAAGUGCAAUAUUAUAAACUGAUGGUCUAAUGUUCUCAUCAUGGGGCAUUUUAACCAUAGAUAAAUAAACUUACAGCACCAGCCACACAGAAUUAUGGGAUAUCCUCCUCUAAGCAGGACACAUGCUUCUGAUCUUUCCAUUAAAUGUCGUCUGGAAGAUUAAAGCUGCUAUUUGAACAGGACAGAAAUACUGUAAGAAACAGUAAUUCUGUGUUCAUGAUCACAUGUCUGUAUGAAGAUUCUGAUCACUGCAGUAUGUUACUGUAACCAUGUACAGAAUCUUUAUAUCAUUAUUUUUCAUUUUCUUUUUGUUCCUUUUAAUUCCACAGUGUGACUAAAUGUGGCUUCUGAACGAAGCUUUGUUACUUUACUUUGUUAUUUUUUGGCCAACUUUUACGAAGUAUUGUAUAUUUAUAUUUGCAAUAUUUAUCAGUUACAAUAAAUAUUUUCAUCUAUAAGAAA